GUUGCCGACUCCCCAGGAAACAAAACGGCUGGAGUUCUUCGCUGAACUCCUCUCCAACCCGUCUUUUUCUUCACCUUUUCACUCUCUUUCACACUCGACAAGUAUAAUCGUCUUACCCACCUAAUCAAUCCUCCGUCAUCAUCGCCGUCGCUAGCAUCGCCUACCUGCACUCACAUUUACACCAUCCCACAUCGACUCUCUCAAACACCAAGGCCACCAAGAUGAUAUACCGCAUCCUUUCAGCACCUCUUGCUCAACGGCACGAUCCUCACCCUCCCUGCUCAUCCUCCACCGCUUCCAGCCCAAAAUGCAGUCCAUCCACACCCAUGGCCCGUGCCCUCUCGGACUGCACCAACGCUGCCCCUGGUCCCACCGCGGACGCUGACCCAUUCUUCUCUGAAUAUGCGUCCGCACCCGCUCACAAGAAGCAAGCCUCUCAUUUACUCUUUCCCUCUGCCAAGCCAAACACUUCACCGCUCCCACCGACACCACCACCCACGCCCAGCCCCUCGCCCACGAAGGCCAAGUCUCAGCGAGAUAGUACGAGGGUGGCAUCGCUCCCCGGCCAGCGGCUGAGGAGCUCGAGCGCCCGUGUCGCGAGCGUCACGGCGCGGCUCAAAGCGCCACCCACUGUUAGGCUUUCGCUAUCCAACGCGAGCGUUGCUACGAGCGUCGUCCCCUUCCCUUCCGCCACAUCGGAUGCCCCUCAGCGGCCUCUAUCAUCGCCUCGCUCAAAAUCAUCGCCCUUACCAGUACCCACGCUUAAUACCAGCACUAAUCUGGGUCCAUCAGUGCCCCUACCUAAUUCGCCCAUCUCCUUCCCUUCCCCUCUUCCCGAAAACUUGGAAGACGCAGAAGGGCCGGACGCCGACGCUAUGGCCGUCGAUGUCCACCCGCCCUGUACGCCCGGACCGUCGCUGCUGCAGUCCGAGCUCGCCCCGUGGUCGGUCCCCGCGCGCAAGCGCCGGCACGCCCACCUCGCGACGCCCACGCCCGCCCCGCCGCGCGGGAGCGCCAAGCGCGCGCGUCUGCUGCGGAGCCUGCUCGCGCUCGACUGCGCGUCGUCCGUUUCCUCCUCUCCCUCCUCCCCUUUGGCUUCGGCUUGUGCAGCAGCAGGCGAGUGUGAGGUGAUCACGGAUCUGCGUGCCCUCGAUGGGAUUCUCGCUGCGCGCCUGGGUGCGCGCGGUGCCUCGAUUGGCGAUGCGGACGCCGAUUCGGGCGAGAGGGCGUUGAGCCCGCAGCAGCUCGUUGCGUCGCUCAUUCUGCAGCGGUCGGAACGCAGGAGCUCGUCGAAGAAGAAACGGCGCGCGGUGGCGUAUACCGAGGCGGCCGCGCGGGUGGAGGGGUGCGUGGUGGAGCGGCGGCCGAGUCCGCUCCGCGCGGUGAUGGUGUUUGGUGAGGAGGAGGAUGGUGAUGUUGUGGAGGAUGUGGAGAUGGAUAUGGUGUGCUGAGGGGAUGUGUUUUUGCGCGCGAUGGAGGUGGGUCUGAGAGCUGGAUUUGCUGGAGGAGUGUGGAGUGGGCUGGUAGGCGCGGCGAGGUCAAGGGUGCGGACGCUCUCUCCCUCGCGUGCGAGGUCGAGGUUGAGUUGUCGUAUCCCGGCUUUAUCGAGUCUCAACUCGUUUCUACUUCCUUCCCCCCUGGCCCUAUGAUACUGCCUUCCGUCGCGCCCGCUCUCAGAUCCAGUGGAAGAGAUGGGUAUAUGCGCGCCGCUGCGUCAGCCCUGAUCACGUUGUCGUAUCGAGUCGCGUUUCCGCUUGUCCCGUCGAUAGCGCUAGCAGUCCCGUCCCUUUUCCUCGCUGGGUUCGAUGGCAAUACACAUUCGCUUGCUACACACUUUCAUGCUCUCCCUACCACUUGGAUCUGAAUCUCCCCUCGACCCCGGCUACGACGUCGGCUUCGAGGUUUUUGCAAAAUCUGGUUGCUCUAUGGCGACACGCUUGGGACGCUCCUCAUUCCUCUCUCCUCUUAUCUCCCUUGUCCAUACUUUGCUGGAUGAAUUUGGCGUGUGGUGUCGAUCGCAUCGCAGGACGGUUGGUUUUCCUUUUUGGAUAGUUUGGUUAGACCGCGGUCAUGGCAUGGAUCUUAUACGAGAUUUACGAUGUUUCAUAAGAGGGUUACUACAGCAUAUAUGCAUGGUACUCGCAUUUACAUCAUGAUAGACACUUUUAGCAUGGGGCUGGUAACAUAGUACAGAAUAUGUACAAUCG